AAAGCCACGUUCCGAUCCAGAAGAACCCAUCACGCUACACAAGGAACGGCCCGGCACAAAAAAAAAUAAAGAAAGAGGGGGGCGUUACUUUCAAUCAAUCCUUCGUGAUCCACAGCUCAAUCACUCUGGCCCCAUCGACGAUGGCACUUCAAGAUUCCCAGCAGGAGGGUAACACUCCGCCCCCAGAGCCUGUUAUCCAAAUCCAAGAUGCUAUCGCUGCAGGUGACGACGACGAUGCCGAUUCUUCGAUUGGCGAGGAAAUAGAGCCAUCGGUUGUUUCAAUUUCGUCGAGUAUUUUAGCGUAUCGACAGGAGAAUGGUCGCAGCUAUCAUGCCUUGAGUAGCGGGAAAUAUGUCCUGCCGAAUGACGAAGAAGAGAAUGAAAGACUGGACUUACAACACGAGCUCUAUGUUCGAACGCUCGACGGAGACCUCGCUGUAUGUCCCAAAGCGAAAGGCGCGAAACGUGUUCUUGAUAUGGGAACCGGCACUGGCUCAUGGGCCAUUGACUACGCUGAUGCAAACCCUCAAGCCCAGGUGAUUGGUGUUGAUCUAAGCCCAAUUCAGCCAGCUCUCGUCCCACCAAAUGUGAGCUUCGAAAUAGAUGACCUCGAAAAAGAAUGGACCUGGACCCAGAAAUUCGACUUCAUCUUUGCCCGCAUGGUGCUCGGCUGCUUCACCGACCUCCCCCAAAUCAUAAAAGUCGCCUUCGACAACCUCGAACCCGGCGGCUACCUCGAACUCCAAGACAUGUCCCUUCCAGCGCGCUCCGACGACGGAACCCUCCACCCAGAAAGCUACCUCUCCAAAUGGUGCAGAUCCUGCUUCGAAGCCGGUCAGAACCUCGGUCGUCCUGUAUUCCCCACAACAGAGUAUAAGAAUUAUCUCGCUGCUGCUGGGUUUGUCGAUAUUGUCGAGGUGCAGCAGAAGUGGCCGACGAAUCCGUGGCCGAGGGAUAGGAAGUUCAAGGAGCUGGGGGCUUGGGCUUGUGCGAAUAUCGCUGGUGGGUUGGAUGGGCUGUCGUUGGCAUAUUUUACGAGGGGGCUUGGGUGGUCGACUGAGGAGACGAGGGUGUUUUGUGCGCAUGUGAGAAAGGAUUUGCAGAAUCCCAAAAUUCAUGCGUAUUGGCCGAUCUAUUUUGUCUAUGGGAGAAAACCUCUGGAAUCGUCUUAGUUCAUGUCUAGACGGAGAACAGGCUACUACUGAUGAGAUAAUGACAAAGGAAGACUACUUAUGCAUGCUACGAUAAGUCACCCUGGUGUACAUUCGGGAUAGAUACCAUUUCUCCCCACCACGUCUACCUCUAAACGUGCUUCCACCUACAGUUUAAGCUUUGC